AUGUUCUGUUCUCGACCCGUCAAGCCGCCCUUGCCAAAACGCACAUCUCUCUCGCUCGCUCUCUCUCGCUCGCUCUCUCUUUCUCUCUUGGAGAAAACAGCAGACGAUGACGACGACCACGACCACGACGAAGAAGAAAAGAAGAAAAAAGAAACAGAGAAAAACGUCAUACUAACUAGGUACCCCUUAAAGAACCCUCAAAAGCAAAAGCAACAAGCACAAGCAAGCAAGAGCAAGCCAUGUAAGAACGCUGCACGCCCCAUCCCAAGCCAGGCAGGCAUAGCACACAAAGGAAACCCCAAAGAGCAGAUCGGACCCAAGCACAAAAGUGAAAAAAGGUAG